AUGAUAAACCUGCCUUUUUCUGUUUAAAUGAAUAUUCACAUGAGAACAGAAUAUGAUGUUUCUAAUUUACAGAAGAAGGAAAACCCCAUCAUUAAAAUAUACAUGAUCAUUCUGAAAUGCUUGAAUUUAAUAUAGAAAACUUAAAAUUUUACUAUAAAUGAUUAAAUUCAUCAUAUUGCAAAACUACUUAAAUCAUUUGAAGAUAAAUUAAAACAAAAGUAUAAUCUAUCCNUAAAUAAAAAAUAAACAAGGAUUAAAAUGGUAAAUGGAGGUUAUUAUGAAGGUGAUUGGUUCGAUAGUAUGAGACAUGAUUAAGGAAUUCAAUUAUGUACAUUAUAAUCUUUUAUUAUUAUUAGUAAUGGAUAAUGGGUUAAUGAUAUGGCAAAUGAAAAGGAACUUAUUCUAAUUCAGGAGGUGUACAUAAUAUAUUAUAAAAGAGAUUGGGUUAAUGAUUAAUAACACGGUUAUGAAAUUGAUUUAUGGUCAGAUGAAUCUAAAUAUGAAAUAUUCAAAAUCAUUCAAUUUAGUGAAUUUUUACAUUUGUUACAAAGUAUGAAAAAGAAAAUUAAAAUUUGCUGAUAAUAAUUUAUAUGAAGGAGAUUUCUUAGAUAAUGAUAUAAAAGGUUAUGGAAAAUUAGUUUGGAAUGAUGGAAAAACUUAUGCUGGAAAUUGGUUAAACAGUAAAAUGAAUGGUUAUGAUUAAACUGUAUUACUAUUAAGGAUAUUAUUUAAAUGAUAAAAAACAUGGUUAAGAUAUGUUAUCUUGGAAUAAUGGAAAAAAAUAUGAAAGCGAAUGGGUUCUGGGAAAAUAAAAUGGUAAAGGUUUUAUUAUCACUGAAAUUGGAGAAAAAAAGUGGAAUCUGGGAAAAUUGAAGAAGAAUCAAAACUGA